AUGAUGACAAGUUCAACCUCAGCAGAUUUUUUACUUCCUGAAUCGGAAUACUUACCACAAUGGUUACUCAUGCCGUAUCUAAUCAUAUCAAUCAUCGAAAGUCUUAUCGGAACAAUUGGAAAUCUGUUUGUCAUUGUGAUUAUAUUAUUUUUCACGAAAUCGAAUAUUCCGCAAACGUCACAUAAUUGUUUUAUUGUAAAUUUAGCCUUAAGUGAUUUCGUCUUAUGUUUAUUCACAAUGCCUUUGAACACAUAUCGUAGUUUGAACAUUUAUAUGACAUUUCCUCGAGCAUUUUGCAAACUAGCAGAUAGUUUUCCCGCUAUUAAUAUCUAUGUUUCUUCAUUAACGAUCGUGACGAUAUCAAUCUAUCGAUAUCUCGUUGUUUGUUAUCCAUAUAAGAAAAUUAUUGGCCCAUGUUCGACGGUUAUCAUUAUGAUAUCGAUCUGGGUCUUAGCAAUUGGGGCAGCUAGUCCGCUGUUUAUUUAUUCACGAUCAAUACCAGCUUACGAUGAUGAUAUUAUCAAUACAAUGGUAGAACUUAUGUGCACUCAACCAUUAAAUAGUUCUUGUGUAACAAAAUAUACGAAGAUGUAUCGCCGUUUACAUAUCUGCCAUGAAUCUUGGCCACAGCACGGCAAUCUGCAUGCUCUCUAUACGAUUUUCAUGCUUUUUCUUCAAUUUAUCUUGCCGAUUUUGAUUAUUUGUCUCACCUAUUAUCAAGUAAUGCUGAAACUUAGAGAACGUUUUCGCUAUCGGUUUUUAAUGAAACGACAUAAUAUUGGCUCUUUACAACAUGAAGUUCGUCGGCAACGUCGGAAUAAUGUUCUUCUAUUAUUAAUUGUCACUUUAUAUGCGAUCAGUUGGUUGCCAUUCAAUAUUUCAUACAUAUUAUUUACCUACGGCGAACGAUAUGAACUAUCAGAUACAAUUCAAUCGACACGUGAUCAAUUAUCCAAAUACCUUCCAUUACGUUUUCUCAUCUGUAUGAUAUCGGCGAUUUCCAAUCCAUUUCUUUACAGUUACUUUAACGAAACAUUCAAAGACGGUUUAAAACGCAUCUUCUCUUUUUGUUAUCCACCGUUAAAUCAAGGUCUCAUACGAAAAUCAAUCGAUCAAACGGACUACUCGAGAACGAGAGAAACUUUCACCAAUAGUAUCAAAUCCUCAAGUGUACUGAACCAUGCAAACAACUAUCCUAUAUCAGCGAAGUCGGCGUCGGUCGGCACACCUCUUUGUUCGUUGUCUGAGUCUGCUAAUUUAUAA